UUAUUGCAUUAAAAAAAAAAGACUGGCAUUAAUUAGAGAAUAGUGACUAUUAUGUGGCACAACUGCACUACUAUUACAGCCACGAGGUGGAAGGAGAGAGAAAUAAGUGGAUAAAGGAGGAAUUGGAGGAAAUAAAACGGUAGGGGAAAAGAAAAUAAACAAUGAAAAAGAAGUAAGAAAUGAGAAACAAGAUAAUAAAUAAAUUAAAAUAAAGGCUAAUGAUACGAAAAGGAGAGAAAAAACAGAGAACUGAUAAUAAAUAAAAAAAAAUACCGAAUGAACGAGUGAACAAGACAAAAUAACAAACAAAACUGAAGAAACAAGCAGAAAAUAAGAUAAACCAAGAAAAUAAGAAAGCAUGAGACAAGAACAAACGAAAUAAAGAACUGAAGAGGAAUGAAAACAAUAAAAAGAAAGCAAAUGGAAGAAAAAUAAGAAAACAGAAAAAAAGAAAAAAACAACAAAAUCAAAACUAAAGAGAAAAACGGACCAGAGUGACAAACGAGAGAGAGAGAGAGAGAGAGAGAGAGAGAGACGACCACCACCACCACCACUACCAGCAACAGCCAGCCACAAGAAGAGGAGGAGGACGGCAUGUCUACUUGAACCUCUCCGGAAACCCUUUAUUUUGCUGCAGAUAAUGAACUUUUGGACGUCGCCAUGAGCUGGAAGCCGGCGAGGGACAGGGAGAAGUAUGGCGUGGCCAUCUACAACUACAGUGGCAUCAGCGACUCCUGCAUCAAGCUCAAUGUUGGGGACACAGUGCACAUCCAGGAGGAGCUGGACGGCUGGUUCUUCGGCUACAGUCUGCAGAACAGUGCCACCAGGGGCGUGUUCCCUAAGACUUUCAUACAGAUCCGAGAAUGCAUCGUGGACAAGACAGGGCCGGUGGAGGUGGUGUCGCCGCGCCUACCCCCCAUCGUGCAGGAGGUGACGGCUGUGCUCAGGGAGUGGGGCAUCCUGCUCAGAAAACUGUACCUGGAACGUGACAAGAAUUUCGACUUCCUGAAGGAGACGAUGCUCGAGCUUCAUGCGAUGCGAAGGAAGGUGUUGUCCGGGAAGCUUCCAGUGGAUGAACUUAAGAAGAUAAAACAGGGCAUCACCAGGAGGAUAGACCAGCUUAAUGCGAAACUUGGCCUGGACCUGGUGGUGAGGGACGAGAGUGGUAACAUCCUCAAUCCAGCCAUUACCUCUGCCGUCAAACUGUUUAGAUACCACCUUGAUGCGUCCGAGAAGCUGUCCAAGGGGGAGAGCAGCACGCCAGAGGAGGGACACACCCGCCGCAAGCCACACCUGUCUUGGACCAUCCUCUUCUCCAUCAAGAACAUAAUCAUUAAGGUACCAGAGGACACGGAGAUAUCGCUGGGUCUGUACAUUGGAGAUCCGCGGGAGGGCAGGGAACAGCCACUUACUGAGUCGUUUAUUAUUCCCUGGACCGAUGGAGGAUACACACAUGACCUUACCUUUCUCGACGAACUGAAGUGCCUGUUUACGGACCUCAACACCCACACACUGGACACCAACCAAGUGUGGCUCAUUGGGACAGUGAUUCGCCACGGCUGCAUGGCGGUGAAGGAGAUGGAUCCCAGGAAGUCAAUGGCUGGCCAGGGGAAGAAGGCUUUACUUACCACCUCUGACUUCCUGCGCAGACCAUACGGCAUCAUCAUCACAGACUUGACAGAGCAGAUAAGGAAGAAGAAGGAGGCUGUGCUCUCAGGAGUGCCUCAAAUGGAUGACGACAACAAGAACCAACUCUUUGCCAGCCUGUUCCUGUGUGGAGAGAAGGAGACUUUGGACCUGAAGAAGCUGCUGUCAGUGCGGGGAGACACAACGAAAGAGAAGAUGGGUUUCCAAGGCAUUUGGUUCACUAUACAAGUCAUGAACGGAGAUGUGAAACAGCUGAAGGAAGGAAACUACUUGGAGGUGCGAGAGGUUCCUGUGGCUUACCGGCUCGGCCUCAGUGAUGUCAUUAUGCCUGGUGACGUGCGAAACGACCUCUAUGUGACGCUGCAGUCCGGGGAGUUCUCCAGGGGCUCCAAGACCUCUGACCGCAAUGUGGAGGUCACGGCGCGGGUCUGGGAUGACCGCGGGAAGUGUGUGCCUGGCGUGAUCUACCAGGGGUGCCGGAAGGGGCCACUGGAUGAGUACCGGUCCGUCACGUACCACCACGAACCAAAGCCACGCUGGGCCGAGACCUUCAAGAUUGCUUUGCCUGUCGAGGAGUUUAAAAAGGCGCAUAUCAAGUUUACCUUCAGGCAUCGAUCCACCAAUGACGCCAAGGACAAGAGCGAGAAGCCCUUUGCCAUGGCGUUUGUCAAGCUGAUUCAGAAGAACGGUACCACACUGCAGAACACAGACCACGACCUCAUAGUGUACAAGAUUGACAGCAAGAAGUGGAACGAAAAUGACCUCAGCUACCUGGGCCUGCCGUGGGAGAGGCUGCCGGGGGAAGAGUAUGGCAAGUCUUGGCAGUUUGGCAUUGCUCCGUCUCUCAAGGAUAACAUUACAAUAUCCACCACGUUCUGCUCCACCAAACUGACCCAGAAUGGUGACCUCCUUCGCCUGCUGGAGUGGGGCUGGCAUGGGUCGCAGAGCAGUGGUGACCUGGAGUCGUGUCUGCAGGGGCUGGUUCGCGUGCCGGCUGAUGAACUGAUGGUUUUCCUGCAAGACACUCUGGAUGUGUUGCUGGAGAUUCUCAUGAACAACAGCACAGGCGAUUAUAGUGAUAAUAAAGUGUUUGAGGCCCUGGUGUACGUGAUCUCUAUAGCCACAGACAAGAACAAGCAUGAGGCAUUCCAACCAGUCCUGGACACGUAUAUACAGCAGAACUUCCACGCUGCGCUGGCUUACAACCGGCUUAUCUACGUGUUGAAAUAUUACGUGCAAGAAGGAGAGAAAGCAACUGAUGACAAUAAAAAACGGGACUCGCAGGAAGCUCGACGAACAGAGGAGAUGAGGAAGAUGGAAAUGCUGAGACGAACUGACGAAAAGGGGGCCAGAAAAGACGACAAAGCACUGAGGAAGUCUGCGGAGGAGGAGCUGGGCAGGAGGGAGGAGGAGGUGAAGGAGGAGGAGUGUGUGAGGAGAGAUGACUGGAUGGAGACUCUGAAGAAGGCCAUGAAGUGUUUGCAGUAUAUUUUUCGGUUCAUCAUUCGCUCGAGGCAGCUCUUUGUUGACAUGAACGGCAGAGGCCAAGAGGAGUUUGAAAAGAGUCUGAAGGAUUUACUGGAUAGCAUGGCAAAUCUUAUGACCAACAAGACGCCCUCCACCCUCACCGUGCAGGCCCAGUGUCUCCGUUCGAUCACCACAGCUAUCCCCGACAUCAUCACUAACUUCAGCCCCGUUCAGCUGAGCCUGAUCCUGGCCAAGAUGGUGGACAACCUUCACCCGUCCAGAAUACCCAAGCAGAAACUUUCAACGAUCAACGAAAUAGUACACAGCGAUUUGUUCAAGUACCCUGACUGUCGGCGAGUCCUCCUGCCCUGCUUUAUCGGACACCUGCGUCGCCUCAUGUCCUCCAACGAUGAGAUAACAGGGACGGAUGUUGUGAUGCGUAAAGAGAAGAAGAAAAUCAAGUUGAAACAGAUGCUAGACCUCGACAACAGUUUUCAGUUGACAGAGGAACGCAAGAUGAUUGAAGAGCUCGAACUCUGCUCAGAAAUCCUGGGUGAUAUUCUGGACGUCCUUUUCAACGCUGACAUAGGCCCUGUUUACGAGGACAUAGGCCUACUGUCUCUAAUGCUACUUGAGGACAUUCUCUCUGUUGUGUCCCGCAUGAAGGAAGCAGACCCAUUAUUGGGCAACUACGUGAGCAUUUUGGUGUCCCUGCUGCGCCAGAUGACAGACCGGCACUACCACACCUUCCUGAACCGCUACGAGGAAGUGGAGCAUCUGUGUGCCUUUAUCUUAGAGCUACUGGAGGUGGUGGAGAAACUUGUAAAAGAACCCGUCUUUCCUGCUGACUGGGCUGAGAUGAUCUUGCUACAGAACCAUGUGAUAGUGAAGGUGCUGCAGCAGUUCUCCAGGGUCAUUGCAGAGAAGUUGCUGGAGCCCUUCAGGGAGGAUGUGUGGAGCAAGAUUUUCCAUACAUCAAUUAACUUCAUCUCCCAGCCACCCCUGCAACUCGAAGACUUCACAAAGAGCAAGAGGAACAAGAUUCUGGGACGUUACAAGGACAUGAGGAAGGAGACAGCGCUUGGAGUGAAGGGCUUGUGGUUCGGUCUGGGCACGAACAAGAGUCGAUUUGUGGCAGGGCGGGAGUGCAAGGUGUCUCUCGUGGGGCCCUUCCUGCAGAUGACGAUGCUUCCUGACACUGAGCUCCGCAAGGCCACAAUUCCCAUUUUCUUUGACAUGAUGCAGUGCGAAUUCUACGCUGCCAGAGACAAGGUUAGGGAGAAUGACACGCCCAAGAUUAAGCAACUGGAGAACGAGAUGCUGGAGAAACUGGACCAGCUUGUAGAGAGCGGACAUGGUGACGAACAUUACCGUGAUAUGUUCAAGAAUAUUAUAGGGAGCCUCUGCCAGGGCCACGCAACACUCUGCGACACAGGACGGCGUUUGGUCAGCACUGUGACACACCUCUUGGACCGUCUGCUGCAGUACAGAACCAUCAUGAAUACCCCAGAUAACUCAAAUGAAACACGCAUGGGAUGUAUUGUUAAUUUGCUGGACUUUUACUCGGAGAUCAAACGCAAGGAACUGUAUCUUCGCUAUGUGUACAAGCUGACACGACUGCACUUAAACUGCGAAAACUACACAGAGGCCGGCUACUCCUUGAUGCAGCACACAAAGCUCCUUCACUGGACACCUGACCCACUCUCCCAUGCACUCCACUCGCCUUUCUACCCAGAUGCGGACAGACACGACGAGCUGAAGGAGAUACUGUACGAAGAUAUAAUUAAAUACUUUGAUAAGGGCAAGAUGUGGGAGGAUGCGCUGAAGCUGUGCAAGGAGCUGGUGACGCACUAUGAGGAGGUGCGCUUCGACUACACCAAACUGUCCGAGCUGCUCACCCGCAUGGCUGUCUUCUACAAAAACAUCAUGAACCCCCAGAACUUACGCCCUGAACCUGAGUACUUCCGAGUGGCUUACUACGGCAGAGGUUUCCCGGCCUUCCUACAGAACAAGGUGUUUGUGUACCGUGGUAAUGGGUUUGAACGCCUGGCAGAGUUUCAGACAAGGAUCCUGGACCAGUUUCGUAAUGCUGAGCUUAUGAAGAAACUGACACCACCGAGCGAGGAGGCCAAGGAGUCGCCCCAUCAGUACCUCCAGAUCAGCAAGGUGGACUGCGUGGUGGACGAGAAUGUGAUCUUUGCCGGGGCCAGCGUGUCGGAGCAGAUCACAAGUUACUACCGCGCCAAUCAUGUCCGAACUUUCACCUACUCCAGGCCCUUCCACCGCGGCACCAGGGACCCUGAUAAUGAGUUUGCCACGCUCUGCAUCGAAAAGACCACACUGGAGAUCACUUAUUCCCUCCCUGGCAUCCUCCGGUGGUUCCCUGUGCGUCGUGUGGAGUCAGUGGAGCUGUCACCGCUGGAGAAUGCCCUGCAGACUAUGACCCAAACUAACAUGGAGCUGCGAAUGAUGGUGAUAAAAUAUGGUAGAGACCCUGGACUGCUCCUUCAACAACUCACCCGCAAGCUGUCUGGCAUUGUGGACGCUGCUGUGAAUGGAGGCACUGCUAACUAUGAGAAGGCGUUCCUUUGUGACGAGUACAGGGAGAGCCACCCUGAGGAUGCAGAGAAGCUGAAGCAAUUGUCUCAUCUGAUAGCAGCACAGAUCCCACUGCUGGAGGCUGGCUUGGCCGUGCAUGGGUGCCGCGUGACAGAGGCAUUGCAGGCCCUCCACUCCUACCUGACCACCACCUUCCAGCGCAUGAAGACUCAGGUGCAGGAGAAGUACGGGGAAGUGGAGAUGCCAGAAGAGCUCCGCGUGCUCCUCCAGUCACAGCGAUUGCAGUCCAUGAUGAGUGUGGGAAAUGAAGCAAAUUCUCUCCGCACUUCCCAGCAUUAUUCCACAGCUCAAGACAUAAGUGUUGUCGAGGAGGUGUGCGACCCCCUCACCCCCCACGGCAGCCUCCCCCGGACUGCUGCCGCUGCCACCACCCAUGCCAGUCCCCGAAACAGCUUCACUCGAGGCCUCUUCUCUCACUCUACCCUUCCACAUAAGUCUUUGUUUAUGGGGAUCUCCACCUCGCAUCUGUCCCUGUCCCGCCUGAGCACAGUAGGGCAAGGGGGAACUCUGCCCAGACACCUCAAGAUUUCCUCUUCAAUGGGCAAUGGUCUCACUCCUAAGUCAAACAAGAAGGACAAGGGGAUUGGUCGUCUUCUGCGGAGAGAGAGCUUUUCAUCGCAGCGGGAGCCAUCCACCCAAUGGUUUGACCGCAUGGAAGCCCAGUCACCCACGCACAAGCCAAUCAUGGAGCAGAAUGAGGCGGCGCAGAAUGUGUCACAGCGACCCAAGAGGAAUGAGCUAGAGGUGAUAGACAAGUUCUCUACAAGUCGGCCACGCUCCCUCACCCUUACCCCCUCCACCCCAUCCACCCCCUCCCCCACUAUUGGCUCCAGGGAGAGUCUGACUACACCAACAGGUUCAGUGACAGAGGAGGAGAGGCCGCCCCUGCCAGCGAAGCAGAGGGACCAGGAUGACACCCUCAGUGUGCUCCGCCUUGGUGCUGCCUCCCUGCUGCCCGCGACCAAGAUAGGGGGCUUACUGGCGUUUCCUCUUGACCUUCCUGAUGAACCGCCCCCUGAAAAACCUCCAAGGCCUGACAAGAACCACAACCUUCAUGACCCGACCUCAUCCUCCAUUUUGUGAACCACUGCUACUACUACUACUACUACUACUACUACUUCUACUACUAUGAAAUUCAGGUUACAAGUAUCCUUUGAUAUAUAUAUUUUGUGUAUGUGUCUGUGCGUGUGGGUGUGUGUGUGAGAGAGUGCGUACAUGUGUGUGUGUCGUCAAGGGUUCCAGUUCCGAGUUGCCUAAAGUGCCACAGUGCAAGUGAAGCCAGGUGUUUGUCACCCUAACCAAACCUUAACUUGACCUAACCAAAAUUAACCUAACCUAACCUAACCUUAUCCUAACCUUAACUUAACCAAACCUAACCUAACUUCACCUCACCAAACCAAACCUAAAUCCUAACCUAACAAUACAAAGCCAUAGUGACGUUAAGACUUGUUGAGUGUGGCCGACAAGACAGACCUGGCCUGCCUCUCGGACCACAGAGCUGGGCGUUGCAAGGCUCGGAUCUCCAGAGCAUGUGGUUUUGCCUGUCACAGUGAUGAGAUUGGGUACAGUUAGGAUACAGAUAUGUUGUGGGUUGCUGUGUUGCUUUUUUGUACUUUUUUAUCAUAGAAAGGUUGGGAAUUGAUUGUAUGUAGUGAAGGGAAGGAAAGGGUUAAUUUUUUUGAAAGGUAGAAGAGAUUUUUUUUUUUUUUUUUUUUUUUUUUUUUUUUUUGGAUAAAGUUGGAGAAUUCAGUGUUCAAAAUCAAUUCAUUGUAGUGAAGAGAAGAAAUGUUUUGAGAAAGAUAAAGAAUUUGGUGUUUAAAAUCAGUUAUACAUAGUGAAGAUCAGAGAUUUUUUUAUGAGGUGUAGUGAAGAUCAGAAUUUUCUUGCCUGAAAUAUUGGCAAGAUGAAGAGGUGAUGUUUUUUUAUCGUACUAUCACUGUAUUCUCAAACUUUUAAAACUGUAGUGAAGUCGUUGGUGUAUCAGAUUAGCUCAUGACAGAAGGUUUGCUGUGAAGUUAUAAGGUAGAGCAAUCAAUGUAUUUUUUUGUACGUUUUUAUGAAGUAGAGAAUUUGCAAGUCAUCAUUUUAAUUUGACAAGGAUGAAAAUUGUUGCGUAUAAUAUAAUAUUGUAAGGUGAAGUUCUUCUGUUAAGAUUCAGCAAAGUCAAGAAUCAAUGUAUUUUUUUGUACAUUUUUUAUGAAGUGGAAAGUUAGCGAGUCAUCAUUUUAAUUUGACAAGGAUGAAGAAAGUCACGUUUAAUACUAUAAGAUGAAAUUCUACUCUUAAGAUUUAGCAAAGUCAAGGAUUAAAGUAUUUUUUGUACAUUUUCUAUGAAGCAGAGAGUUUGCAAGUCUUCAUUAUAAUUUGACAAGGAUGAAGAAAGUUGCCUAGAAUAUUGUAAGGUAAAAUUUUACAGUUAAGAUUCAGCUAAGUCAAGAAUCAAUGUAUUUUCAUAUAUUUUUUUAUGAAGCAGAGAGUAUGCAAGUCUUCAUGUUAAUUUGACAAGGAUGAAGAAAGUCACCUACAAUACUGUAAGGUAAAAUUCUACAGUUAAGAUUCAGCUAAGUGAGGAAUCAAUGUAUUUUUUGUACGUUUUUUUUUAUGAAGUAGAAAGUUUGAAAGCUAUCAUGUUAAUUUGACAAGGAUGAAGAAAGUCACCUACAGGACUGUAAGGUAAAAUCCUACAGUUAAGAUUCAGCAAAGUGAAGAAUCAAUGUAUUUUUUGUACAUUUUUUUAUGAAGUAGAAAGUUUGGAAGCCAUCAUUUUAAUUUGACAAGGAUGAAGAAGGUAGCCUGUAAUACUGUAAGGUAAGAUUAUACAGUUAGGUACAGGUAGAGUUAUAUACAGUUAAGAUUCAGCUAAGUCAAGAAUCCAUGUAUUUUUCCUACUUUUUCUACCAUUUUUAUGAAGUAGAAAGUUUACAAGUCACAGGAUUAUCACAUUAUUUGACUGGGAUGAAAUUGCCUCCAAUAUUAUAAGGUGAAAUGAUAAAAACGACAUGGUAAGAUGCAGAUACAGUGAGAUUCAAAGGAGUCAAGAAUCUGUGUAUUUUCCCACCUUUUUAUGAAGUAGAAAAUUUGCAAAUGGCCAGACCAACUCAAUUUAACCAGUAACAAAACCCUGGAAUACUGUAAGGCAAAGUUAAGCAUUGUGUACAGUCUAGAAAGUGACUAAUAGUGAUAUGAAUGAACACACUCAGUAUUUUAGCUACUUUAUGAAGAUGUCAGGAAGUGUUGUUGGUCAGUGUGUGCUGUGGGCCUGACUGUCUGUGUUAGUGAUAAGGUAGACCUCUAUGUAAAGUUAUUAAGUCAGAAAGUAUUAAUAACAAUACAUUAUAUUUUUAUUGAUCUAGAAGCAACAAAAAGAAAAAAAAAAGAUUAGAUACAAUUAUUAAGUCAAAGUAUUAAUAACAACACAUUUUAUUUUUAUUGAUUUAGAAGCAACAAAAAGAUGAGACACCAUUAUUAAGUCAGAAAGUAUUAAUAACAUAACCUAGUAUAUUUUUUAUUGAUGUAGAAGCAACAAAAAAAGAUGAGACAGUUAUUAAGGCCAGGAAGUGCAAUGCAAGAAAUCCUGAUUGCUUUGUAAAGAAGUUAGUCAUGAAUGAUCAAUUUGUAGAGGAAGAAAAGUCACAUGUACCUAUUCAUUUGUAAAGCAGUAUGUAAGCUACCUAUUCAUUUGUAAAGGAGUGUGUGUACAAGCUUAUUCAUUUGUAAAGCAGUAUGCAAGCUACCUAUUCAUUUGUAAAGGAGUGUGUACAAGCUUUCUUAUUCAUUUGUAAAGCAGUAUGCAAGCUACCUAUUCAUUUGUAAAGGAGUGAGUGUACAAGCUUACUCAUUAAUUUGUAAAAGUAGCCACAAACCAAUUCAUAUGCAAAGGAAUGAGUGUACAUCAGUAAUACAUACGUGAAGGAGUGUGUGUGUGUGUGUGUGUUGUCAGUGUGAUGUGUGAUAGGCAACCCGGUGUGUGUCUCAGUACUAAGGCUGGGGCAGACAGUGAGGCAGUGAGGCAGACAGGACCAGGCAUUCGGGCAAAGGGUCCUUGAUGGGAAUGAGAAAUGAAGGCUAGUGUUAUGUUUUGUGGAGUAAAUGAGAAAAGUUGUCAAAAAUUCAGAAAUCUGGAGGGAUCUUGAAUUUUCUGGAGUAAAAAAUCUGGUUGGAUGUUUAAUUUUCUGGAGUUGGAUGAGAAAGUGUAAAAAAAAUCUGGAGGGAUGCUAAAUUUUCUGGAAUAAGAUGAGAAAUUGUCAGAAAUCUGGAGGUGUGUUGAAUUUUCUGGAGUAGGAAGAGAAAAUGUUGUCAAAAUCUGGAGGUGUGUUGAAUUUUCUGGAGUAGGAAAAGAAAAUGUUGUCAAAAUCUGGAGGUGUGUUGAAUUUUCUGGAGUAGGAAGAGAAAAUGUCAAAAUCUGGAGGUAUGUUGAAUUUUCUGAAGUAGGAAGAGAAAAUGUUGUCAAAAUCUGGAGGUAUGUUGAAUUUUCUGGAGUAGGAAGAGAAAAUGUUGUCAAAAACUGGAGGUAUGUUGAAUUUUCUGGAGUAGGAAGAGAAAAUGUAAAAAAUCUGAAGGGAUGUUGAAUUGGAACCUUUGUGAAUGAGAAAAGAAAAGUGUAUUGAUAGAAAGAAUGAUGACUUAAUGUUUGAGAGUGAUUUAAUGUGAGUUAUGGAUGAAAAAAAUGAUUACAGUUUUUGAAAGUGAGAGAAAAAGUGUAUUGAUUGAAAAGUAAUGAGUUAAUGUAAGUUUUUACAUUAGAAACUACAUAACAUUUUGAAAGACAUGUGCAAUGAUGAGAAAAAUUAUAAUAUGCAUGUUCUGAUACCAUGACAAUAAGAGAGAGUGGUGUGCGUGUGUUGCCAUGACGACAGCGUGCAAGACAAGAAAUAAUAACUUAAGGUGCUUCCUCUUUAUAUAACAAGUGAUGUAAUUUUUUGUAAUCAUUCAUCGGGGAUUUAAUGAGAUGAAUGAUGAGGCCAGUCGAGUGUGUGUGUAUGCGUGUGUGUGUGUGUACAAGUGAGUGAGUGAGUGAGAGAGAUUAUCUUUUCCUGUACUUCUUAAUCUUCAGUAUUACUAUGGAACCACAUCAGCAUCAGUCACCCUUGCUGCAUCUGGGGUAGGAUGAAAACAGUUCCCUAACCUUCACCUCACCUAACAUUACCUAACCUAAACUUUAUCUAACCACACCUCACCAAACUUAACCUAACCUAACCUGACCUAAACUUUACCUCACAGACCUAACCAUACCUCAACUAACCUGACCUAAACUUUACCUAACAGACCUAACCAUACCUCAACUAACCUAAUCUAACCAAACAUCACUUGACCAAAACAUUACCUAACUUCACCAAACCCAGGAGUAGCAAGGGUGCCGGGUGCUGCCGUGCUCCUUACGACGUGCUGAAACAGUUGUCUCAAAGGUGCCAUGUAGCAAAUAAGUCCUCUUCCAUGAUAGAGAGUAAGGCUGUCGUAAUAUUAAGUCCACUGUACACCUAUUAUUAUUAUUAUUAUUAUUAUUAUUAUUAUUAUUAUUAUUAUUAUUAUUAUUAUUAUUAUUAUUGUAAGUUGAUUAUGGCCAAAGAGAAAGGGACCAACUGGGAGGGAGGAGAGGGUGCGAUGCUUCUGUAGUAUUGCUUUAUUUAGGAGUGCAUCUGCUUUAUUUAGUCUUGCUGGCUUUGUGUUGGCAGUGGGAUGUUGCAGGGACCAGAGAGAGAGGGAGAGGGAGGGAAUGAAUAUAUAUACUUGUUUACACACCCAUUCCAUCUUUCUAUCUGAGAAUGCACGUUUAAUCCUCUUCCAUAUUUAUGCCGACACUAGUUAGGAGAUUGCAAGGUUCCACAAGAUAGCAAGGUUCCACAAGAGUACUUUUCUAUGAUGUUAAAAAAGUAGAGAGCACAUUAUUGCUUGUCACACACACUGGUACUUUCUUCCCAUAUGCCUUUUGUGUUGAGAUCAGAGUACAUCUCAAGACAGUCCGGUACAUCAGUGCUGAGAGAGAACAGUGAUCAACUGAUGUGUUCUGUAUGUCUGUAUGUAUUCAUUAUCACAGUCUCCCAUGCAGUACCUCUUCCGUACAUGCUUGUCGUAUUAAGAGAUCAAAAUGUCUUUCGGCAGUGUGGGCUGAGAGAAACCACCAGUUAUUUUAUAGAACACUUGUCAAUCUGUAUAUUUCUUUCAUACAGUACCUUUUCAUACAUGCUUUUUGUGUUAAGAUCAAAAUACUUGUUUAGGCAGUCAGGGCUUACAGAAAACAUUGAUUACUCUUUGUAUUCUGUCUGUGUAUUGAGAGAACCUUUGUGAAUAUAUAUAUCUCUCUCUCUCAUACCUUUUUUUCAUAUGUUACUUGUAUUGAGAUCAGAAUACAUACCUAGACAGUCGGAUACAUCAAGGCUUUGAGGAAAACAUUGAUUACUGUUUGUAUUCUGUGUAUUGAGAGAACCAUUGUGAAUCUGUCAGUAUCUAUAUCAUACAUUACCCUUUUUAUAUAUGCCAAAAUACACAGACUGGCAGAUUUUAGGGUUUUUUCAUGUUUUCUGUCUAUAUACUUGAGAGAAUGCCUGUUAAUCUAUCUAUUAACUAUUAUUGACUAAGAGAAGGUGUUAAUAUCAUGUAAUCUGCCUAUAUAUCUGAAAGAACACUUGUUUAUCCAUCUAUUGAGUGUCAGUGGCUUAGAAGUAUUAAUUUCAUGUCAUCUGUCUAUUUAUAUGUCUGAGAGAACACUUUAUCAAUGACUAUUUAUAUCAUAUCUGCCUGUAUAUGAGAGAGAGCACUUGUUUAUCCAUCUAUCAUUGACUAAGAGAGGGUAUUUAUUUCAUGUCAUAUGUCUAUGUAUCACAGAACACUUUAUCUAUCUAUUGUGGCUCUCGGUAUCUUAUCUGUAUGGCUGGAAAAAGACAAUAUAGACACAACAUAUCAGUGCUAAGCCACACACUCAAAGGCUCCAGUACAAGGCAAGAAAAAAGACAUUGUGUGCCAUUUUUUUGUCACUAUCAUUUUGCUUCAGAAAGAAUCAUAUUUUUGUACAUGGCAGAGAGAAACCAGUAGUGUGUGUGUGUGUGGUACAUUUUAUAAGUAGGUUGGGGGUUUAUAAGUAGGUGUGUGGAUAGGUGUGUGUGUGGGUUUGUGGGUAGUGAGAGAGAGAGAGAGAGAGAGAGAGAGAGAGAGAGAGAGAGAGAGAGAGAGAGAGAGAGAGAGAGAGAAUGUUUGUAUGUGUGUAUUUGAGCCUACAAGUGUCAUGUUUUCAGAUAUAUUUUCAGGUAUUUACCCUUUUGUACUCAUCCCUACACUGUUCUCUAAUCUGUAAAUGUAAAAGUCCAAUAGAAAAAUCCAUCUAUGUUAUCUAAAGCGUUACUAAUGGCAGGAGAUUAAGCUAUUCAGUAUUACACAAGUCCUUCCCUAAUAAGACACAUGUUUGUUUGUACAGUCAUAAGUUUGUUGCCAGUGAAUUGUCACCAGCUGAGGUUUGGAGGUUUGCAUAAGUGUGGUGAGGAGAAGAGUGUCAGAUGCUGGUGAGGGGUGGAGGGAAUGAGUGGGUGGGGAGCGGAGGAGUGUGAAGUGCUGGUGAUGGGUUGAGGGUGGAGAGAAUAAGUGUGUGGUGAGGAGUGGGGUAUGAAGUGCUGGUGAAGGGGGAAGGGUGGAAGGAUCUGAGUUGUUAAUGUCGUAUCAUGGCGUCAAGGCAAGCAGGACUUAUGACUGUCACCACAUUGCUUAUCCAUGCUUGUAUUUUGAUGAGAAGAAACUGUUUCCUGUUAUUGUUUGGUUCAUGGUAGUCAGUCUCUCUCUCUCUCUCUCUCUCUCUCUCUCUCUCUCUCUCUCUCUCUCUCUCUCUCUCUCUCUCUCUCUCUCUCUCUCUCUCUCUCUCUCUCUCUCAUGCCCACCUAUCCCUGCCUACCCAUCUAUUCAUAUACACCUCCCAUCUAAUUAUACCAACACACACAAAAAGACGCUUGGUUUAGGAAAGUUGACAUGCAGGUACUACUGUUAGGAGAGAAUUAAUAACUUACCACAAAUUUAACUAGAGAUUUUAGUUGUCUUAUACAAAAUACCUCUUACUUAACUCUUGUACUUCAAAUUAGCAAAAGAGAGAUUUUAACUUUACUUUUCCCAUUUUUACUUUAUUUUUCCUUCAACUCCGUGCUGCCAAGUGAUAACAUUACCAGGACAUGUGCCAAAUUACUCUUAAGUCCCUCCUUCGGGUCACUCCUUCGGGUCACAGCUCGGCCAAACAUUCUCUACUAGACCCUCACAGGCCAGACUGAUGCUGUACUGGUGCUGCUCAAAGACUGUGCUGAAACUAACUGCCUCACUGACAGACUUAAGGUGCUGCUAUGAUAGGAAUACAAUAGUCUGGUUUUUCCAAGUUCUGAUUUAGCCUUAAGACAAUGCACUGCUUGUUAAUCUUCCCUAUGAUCAUUAUACGGCUGUUAAAUGAAUAGUUUUUUGCACCAGUCUCUUAAAAUAUGUAGUUGUGUAGCUUAGUGAUGAUUGAAUUAACGUCAUUUAUCUUUCGUUACAUUCAUGCAAGGGAUUUAACGUAAUGAUCUGAAAGUUGAUGGAAGAGGCCCUUAGUAAUAAGACGGUUAUGACAAUACAAUGCCUUCGUAAAUGUGGAUUGUUGAUUCUACUUUUCGUUGUCUUAAUAAUCGUUGCUUCACCUCCUCCGCCACUGUUACUACUACCACAUAUGCUGAUCUAUCCAAGUUUUGGUUUAGCUUUAAGACAACACACUGCCUUCUAAAACUUUGUACAUUGAUUCUGUUUUUUUUUUUGUCUACUAAUUACUGCUUGCUGUCCUCCACCACCACCACCAUUACUACUAUGCUAAGAAAUGCUCUCCAACAAUACUUUCACAUCCCCCUUCCCUUACCACCACCACCACCACCACUACAAUGUUAAUAUGUCCCUAAACACUGCAAUACCAACACCACCAUAUCUCCCCCUACCCCUUACCACCACCAGCACCACCACCACUAGUAUUAAGCUCCUAAACACUACAAGUACCACCACACCACACCCCCACCACAGCUUGCAUCACUUCACCUCACCACAGACUACCACAACACUAUGCAUGAGGUAAUGAAGUGGUUAGUGCUAUGUCACACCCACAGGAAGAAGAAAAAGUGAAGAGAAGCUUGUUAGUUAGCCGUCACACCUGUAGAAGGAAAGAGAGAAUGUAAACUUAAGAUGGCUUUGUUAUUUAAUCAUUUCACACCCAUAGAAGGAAGGAAAAGUGUAGAUAAACUUAUAAUACAUUUGUUAUUUAACCAUAUCACACCUAGAGAAAGAGGAAUGUGUGAACUUAAAAAUAGCUUUGUUAUUUAACCAUUUACACCCAUAGAAGGAAGCAGGAAUAAUAUAUAUAUAAAAAAAAUAGCAUUAUUUAAUCACUUCAUAACCAUAGGAAGACAGAAAAGGGUAUAUGAACUUAAAAUACCCUUAUUAUUUAGCCAUUUCACAUCUAUAAACAUACACCACCUUAACUAAAUGCAUACAAUAUAAUCUUAAGUGUGAGUAGUACAUCAUCUUAUACCUCUAAGGAAAGAAACUAUCAGUGUCAUGCAUUAGUGUAAGUAGGUGGGCUGCAAAGACAAUAAAAGGACUAGAAACACCAGUCCACCCAAGUUUCUAGUCAGUUACAAGCUGGUCAGCCUCCGAGAAACAUCCAGGCCUCUUCAUCCUGCUGUAUCUUGCCCACCCCCACCCCUUCCUCCCUCCCUCACCCACCUACCGCUCCACUGUGCACCUUCGUAAUGUAGUUAGUAAGUUGCUGUUUAGUUUAUGUAAUGAUUUAAGUGUUGAGUCAAUCUGUUGGUGUAUUGUUGCUUGUCUGUCUGUUUGUUUCCUGUUUUCCUUGUUUACUUUAUGGCUUUCCUGUUUUCUUGUGUUUUCUUGUCAUCCAUCUGCUCUUAUUUUUCCUUCCUUCCUUUUAUCAUCUUUCCUAUAACCCUUUUUCUUUCCUGUUCUCCUAUCUCUCAUCUAUUAUUUUUCCCCUUUCCUAUAUUUUAACACCUAUUUUUCCUAUCUUUCAUUUAUUUCCCCUUCCUAUCUUCACCACCACCUGUAUCCCUUCCAAUCACCUUCCACUUGGCAUCUUUCAAUACCACACCUCUUGUUUACAUCUUAUACUUGCCCUCUUUCCUUUCACUUGCUGCUUAUUCUAUCCUUUCUUUAACUUUCUCCCUCUGCCUCUCUCAGCACAGUGGUUAAAUAUUAAAUUAGAGUAAGGAACACUGCAUAGUCAAUUCAUGGUAGUUUUAAGCAUUCUGUUACCUCUACUACUACUAUUACAUAUUCGUCAACACCCCACCUGAGUCUUUUAACAACCUGUCCCUGUGUUGCAUGUAUUGUUUGAGUGUUUAUGGUGUGUGUGUGUGUGUAUGUAUGUUCUUUCGUCACGUGGGAGGGUGCAAAGAAAUUUAUGGUAAUGAUGUAGGCAAGUUGUAGACAAAUUCUUUUUCAGGAUAUUUGAUUAAGGACUAUUCUGAAACACUUCUGCGCUGCACUUCUGCUACUUUCCAAAGGCUCUUGUUGAAGUGACACAGGUCCCUUACGGGUGUUUUUCAGGUUCAAGUGACAGGUUAACAAGAUUUCUAGGUUAUGAACGUGAAAAACUCUCUUGAGAACCUGGCUUAUCAUUUUUGUGGCCUUGGAAAAUAGUCAUGGUGAAGUUACAUGGGUUUUUAAGGGUGUUUUUAUGGUUCUAGUGACAGGUUAACAAGAUUUUCUACAUUAUGAACAGAAGAAACACUCUUGAGAACCCAGCUAGUCAUCUCCGUGGCCUUGGAAAACAGCCGUGGUGAGAGAGCAGAGUGUUUCAGAAUGUUGGAUUAAGCAAUGUGAUUUUUUUUAUGGUGAUCACAACUUAGAGCACAAUUCCUGGUGUUUCGCAAAAUGUUAUGUAUGUCGUUUGUACUUACGCGCCUCUGAGGCUCGGCACGGCUCUACAAAUUUUGGGUGUUUUUACGUUAAGAAGCCAUUUUAUAUGUGUAUGAGAGAGAGAAUGUGUGUGUGUGUGUGUGUGUGUGUGUGUGUGUGUGUGUGUGUGUGUGUGUGUGUGUGUGUGUGUGUGAGGUAUCCCAUUUCAAGCAUUUAUCAUACAUAGUUUAAUUAUUUGCUUAUUUUGGCCCUGUAUCUCGAUUUGAAAUACACAUUGGAUUAUA